AUGUUAAAGUUCUCCGAAGUGCAGCAGCACAACUCCAAAGACUCUUGCUGGGUUGUUGUUCACGGUAAGGCAUACGACCUUACCGAGUUCCUUCCCGACCAUCCCGGGGGAGCAGGUAUCAUUCUCAAAUACGCUGGCAAGGACGCCACUGAAGAAUAUGACCCAAUCCAUCCACCCGGUACACUCGAAGAAAACCUUGCCAAAGAAAAGUGUCUUGGUCCCGUAGACCCUUCCACGAUCACCAAAGAGAUCAAGAACGAAUCUGAUCCCGCCAAACAACUCGCCAAGCAAAAGGACCAUGGUGCAAUCCCUCCACUCUCUCAAUGCCUCAACCUCUACGACUUUGAGGUGAUUGCUAAGCGCGUAUUAAAGCCCACUGCUUGGGCAUACUACUCUUCAGGUGCCGAUGAUGAGGUUACGAUGCGAGAGAAUACUUCUGCUUUCGCUCGCAUCUGGUUUCGACCUCGUAUCUUGAGAGAUGUGUCCAAGAUCGAUUACUCCACUUCCAUCCUCGGUCACAAAUCUACUCUUCCCGUCUACAUCACAGCCACUGCCCUCGGUAAGCUCGGUCAUCCGGACGGAGAGAAAAACUUAACCGUUGCCGCUGGUAAGCAAGGAAUCAUUCAAAUGAUCCCCACCCUCGCUUCCUGCAGCUUGGACGAAAUCAUCGGUGCACGAGUCAACGAGCAGCAAGUUCAAUUCAUGCAACUCUACGUCAACUCGAACCGUUCCAUCACUGAAAAGAUCAUCGCCAAAGCCGAAGCUGCAGGUGUAAAAGCUUUAUUCGUUACCGUCGACGCUCCCCAGCUCGGUCGUCGAGAAAAGGAUAUGAGGAUGAAGUUCGACGACGUAGGAAGCGACAUGCAAAACAAGAACAAAGACAACGUCGAUCGCUCCCAAGGUGCUGCCCGCGCCAUCUCUUCUUUCAUCGACCCAUCUCUCUCCUGGGACGACCUGACUUGGCUUCGAAGCCUAACUCGAAUGCCUAUCGUGCUCAAAGGCGUUCAGACAUGGCAAGACGCGCUUCGAGCCGCCCAACUUGGUCUUUCCGGUGUUGUACUCUCCAACCAUGGUGGUCGACAACUCGAUUUCGCCCGCUCCGGAAUCGAAGUAUUAGCCGAGGUCGUAGAGGCUUUCAAGGCAAGGGGGUUGUUCCCAAAUCCCAUGUUCCAGAUCUUUGUCGAUGGCGGUAUCAGGCGUGCAUCCGACGUGUUGAAGGCUCUAGCUAUCGGUGCUACCGCCGUCGGAAUUGGAAGGCCUUUUUUGUAUGCCUACUCAGCAUACGCUAGUGAUGGCGUCGUUCAUGCGAUUCAAUUGCUCAAAGCCGAAAUGGAGAUGAAUAUGAGAUUGUUGGGAGCUGCGACACUCAAGGAUGUAGUCCCCGAAAUGGUCGAUGCUAGAGCCUUGGCUACACAUGUCAACUUUACUCCCCCUAGCCAUGGUCAUCAGAUCUAUGAGAAAUUGCACACUGCCGUUGGGAUGCCUGGAGAACCUUCUAACAAGCUUUAA